UCCCGCUGACGUCACUGGUGUAUGAGGAAGAUGGCGGCGGUGUUGGAGCGCAGCUUCAUUGAGAUCUGCGGGUUUGAGAGGGAAACUCUGCACAGGGUCCGAGAAGUGACAGUAAACCUCGGUGUGAGUGCUCUACCUGGUGGUGUGAAGUUUGCAGACAGUGCUGGAGCCUUUCAUUAUGAGGACAGUGGGAAGCUGCUGUCUGUCACCAGCAACAGAUUCAUCCACUGGUCCACAUCAGGAGACACGGUGCAGCUGGUGGAGCAGUCUCUGGACACCAACCUGCUCAACAACGCUGUCAAACUCAAGUUCACCCACUGCACCGUGCUGCUCGGAGGAGUCACCAUCCAGGAGACCCUCAACAAUGUCAUCAUCCUCGUCUCCACUAAUCAGAGCGUCCACAGACUGCUGCUGCCCCACCCCUCACGCAUGUACCGCAGUGAGCUGGUGACGGAGCUCCACAUGCAGUCCAUCUUCACAGAUGUGGGGAAGCUGAGUCUGCAGGACCCCUCUCACAGUGCCAUCAUCCCCAGCUCAGUGGGACAGACAGGGAGUCCCAGCACCUCCACGGCCUGGCUCAGUCAGUCUGGAGAGGCUCACUACGCUCUGGGUUCACCUGCUGGAGGCAUCAUGGUGGUCACUCUGGCCCCCCACGACACUCAGGGUGGUGUGUCGGUGCUGGAGCUGAAGAGGAGCUCCAUGAUGCAGAGGCUGUCUGGCUGGAUGCCCACGGCCAUCCGUGGGGAGCAGAGUCCAGCAGACCUGGUCCUCAGUCUAGCUGUCAGAGAGCUAGAGGAAGACUCCUUCAUCUUUGCCCUCUGUCAGGAUCACAAACUGCGCAUGUGGUCCUUCAGGGAGCAGGCGUGUCUGCUGGAGGCGGACAUGUUGGACUACAUGCCGGCCUGUAAAGGAGUGAAGCGGCUGGCCGGUCAGGGUCAUCGGCUGAGGCUGGCGUUCUCCUCCACCACUGGCCUCUGCUUGUCCGUCUACCUGGCCGUACCUCAGAGAGGACAGUUCACCGUCCUGCAGCUGGUCGCCACCGACAACAACCGCUACAGCCUCGACCACAUUUCUUCUCUCUUCACCACACAGGAGACUCUGGUGGAUUUCACUCUAACCUCCACAGACAUCUGGGGUGUAUGGGUGGACGAUUCUAACACCACUGUGGUCAAAUACAUCAACUUUGAACAUAACACAGCCGGUCAGUGGAACCAGGUGUUCGUUCAGCCUCCACCUGAGGAAGAAGUCCAUAUCGGAGUGGACCAGGACCCCAGAGAGACAUACCUGGAUGUUCUCUUCUCUCCACUACGCUUCACAGCUUCAGCCAUCGUUAAAGCUCUACAGAUCUACCGCAGAGGCUCAGAGAGGAUCUCUGAUCUGUCCUGGGAGACUCUGAAGAAGGAGGUGACGGUAGCGGUGGAGAGUGAGCUGCAGAGCAGUGUGACAGAGUUUGAGUUUUCUCAGGAGGAGUAUCGUCAGCUGCAGGUGGAGUUCUGGUCCAAGUUCUACGCCUGCUGUCUGCAGUAUCAGGAGGCUGUGUCCAUGCCUCUGGGUCUGACUGUGAGCCAGCACACCAACAUGGUCUGUCUGCUCAAGAAGGGCUUUGUGUCGUUCCUGCUGCCGUGUUUCGCUGUGGAUCAUUUGUACCUGUCUUAUGACGAGUACCUGUUCUCAGAGGAGGAGACGCCCAUCACUGAAGACCCUGAGGUGGGCCGUGAUGUGCUGCAGCUGGUCCAGUGUCUGAGGCUGGUCAGUGACGCGGUUUCUGGAGAGAUGGCAUAUGAGAUGGAGAAAGCUCUGGAACACCUUCAGUCCCCUGAGAGAGCAGCUGAACUUGUGCUGGAGAACAUGCUGUCCAAUGACAGUGAUAACGUGAUCGAGGACAUCCAGAACAAACUGCAGGAUGUGCGGAACCCUAUGGCGGCCAUGAUGGUCCUGCUGAGAGAGAUGGACCUGGAGACGGACUCAGAGGUGGGAGGAGAGGGACCCGUCGCUCCUGGAGCGACUCUGAACGUGAGGAUCAGCCUGUCUCAGCUGUACGGCAGCAGCUCUGCAGUGUCUGUGGUCUGUCAGGCCGUCUGUAACCUUGCCAUGACCCGGGCCCUGUUCUGUAGAGACCUGCUGAUCCUUCAGAAACUCUACCUGCGCUUCGGAGACAAUGUGUUUCUGGGUGGGGGGGCUCAGCUGCUGCAGCUCCAGCAGGAUCUGAUCCCUCGGAGCUCCCACCUCCUCUCCUCCUAUCACCUCCUCAAACACAUCAGUCAGAGCCUGGCCUCCUCCGUCCCCAUCGACAUCCUAGAUGCCAACCUGCAGCACCUCACAGUGCUGGAGCUGUCUGACACCCCGACUCUGUCCUCCUCUAGAUCAGUAGUGUUGAGUCCUCAGACGGUGGUGGAGCUCUUCUAUCAGACUGCAGCCAGGAAGAUAAUCAUCUCUCAGCUCUUCUGUCAGCGGCAGACCAACUCCUUGCUGCUCUGGACCCACAUGGUCUCCAACGUGGUCCACUUGCUGGCUCAGCUGCUUUGGCCCAGUAACCCUGGUUUCCAGUUCCCUGAGUGUCUGAUGGCCAACUGUCAGUACACACAGCUGCAGGAGUACGUGAGGCUCAUUGGACCCUGGUGUCAGGUGAACAUCGGCUCCUGUCGCUUUAUGCUGGGUCAGUGUUACCUGGCCAACGGGGAAGGUCAGAAGGCUCUGCAGUGCUUCCAGGAGGCAGCAACGGAGGUGGAAAAAGAGGAGUUCCUGAUGAGACUGACGGGAAGCGAGGAGGAGGAGGCUGCAUCCACCCCCAGACUACAGUACUACAACAAGGUGCUGCGUUUGUUGGAGGACGUUGGUUUAUCUGAGCUUGUCAUCCAGUUGGCCUCUCUGGCCAUAACAGAGGCAGUGAGCGACAUCAACAGCCAGGCCGCUCUGUGGACUAGAAUAUUCAAACAUCACCUGGACCUCGGACACAACAGUGAAGCGUAUGAAGCACUCACACAGAACCCAGACAGCAGCAUGCAGCUGGAUUGUCUCCGUCAGCUGGUGGUGGUUCUCUGUGAACGCUCUCAACUCCAGGAUCUGGUCCAGUUCUCCUACGUCAACCUGCACGACGAGGUGGUCAGUAUCAUUGAGUCUCGAGCUCGAGGGUUGGACCUGCUGGCUCACAAUUAUUACGAGCUGCUGUACGCCUUCCACAUCAACAGACACAACUACAGGAAAGCUGGGACUGUGAUGUUUGAGUUCGGGAUGCGUCUCGGUCGAGAGGUUCGGACCCGUCUGGGUCUCCAGAAGCAGGUGAACUGUUACCUGGCUGCUCUCAACUGUCUGCGCCUCAUCAGACCAGAAUACGCCUGGAUAGUCCAGCCCGCCUCCGGAGCUGUGUACGAGCGGCCCGGAGCGUCUCCAAAGAGAAACUCUGAUGGAGAGUUUUCUUCUGAACCAGUCAAACGUCAGGUGGACAUCCUGGAACUCAAGGACCUGGAGAAAGAGUACAUCCUUUCCCGCAGCCGUCUCACCCUUGCACAGCAUCACCCGCCGUCUGCUGCCAUCGCUGAUUUACCCGAAGAGGAAAGGCUGAUGUCGUCAUCAUCAUCAUCUGUGAGGUCCACCACCACACUGGCAGGGCUGGGAGUCUCUUCAAUUUGUCCGGCAAGGCCGACACUGGCUGCGGCUGCAGAAGUGCUUGGCCUUGCGUCACGUAGGUUAUCAAACACGGUGCAUUGUUCGGCUUUUAAAUAAACUCCAUGUGUCGCCAGAUGUUUCAUCAAAUUUGACGUGAUACCUCCCUUGCAUGCAAUUGUUCUAUGGCAUCUGUUGCAUGUCGCCGAGUCUGCAUCCUUAGACGUGAAAUGCAGCCAAAACCUUGGAGCGUUUUGCCUUCGGCAUCUUCAUUGAUCCUCUCACUAUCAGUUCUGAUCAGCAAGUGUGCUGAGUAGCGGCACUGAUGUCACGCAAGUUGACACCGGAACACCGGGUGGCGGUAAAAACAAAAAAAAGUCAGGCACCGAAAUGUUCAUUCUUAUUUGGUCUGGUUACUACCGUUUACGUCGGAACCGGUGCCCUAUUGGUACCGCGUUUCGGUAUCCAACCCUACUGAGGAGUUAGUUUUAAUUUUGAUUAGAUUUUUAUUUCUUUAAAUAAUUUAGGUGGUCGGGGGACAGACACAGUCUCUAUGGGGUUUUGGGUGGGUGACUGUUCUAAAGAAAGUGCAGAGAAGUGUGUAAGACAGCAGCUCUGCUUCCUGGUCCCAACUCUGGACUGUCAGGUUUUAGAGAUAAACUUUUUUUCUAGAUAAGAGAGCUGCUCCGUCCAAAGUGGGAUGGAUGCCGUCUCUCCUAAUCAGACUAGGUUCCCCCCCCAAAAAAAAUACACCUGAAAUACAUCUGAGACACGCACCUGAAAUACACUUGAGACACAGCUGUACACUUUGAACCAUCACUCAUAAUUUCUGUCAAAUUUGACCAAAAAAUAAUUUCAAUCAUUGGUUCUAUAAAUCAAUAUUUGAUUUGUUAUUAUUGUUGUUGUCUUUCUUUGAACUGCUGUAGUUGAAUUAUUGAUUAUUGUUUCAGACUCACUCACAGUGCCUGUCUGUCCUUCAGUGGCCCUGUUC